AACUUCAGCUUCAUCUAAAUGCUUCUCGUCCGCUGCAGCUGCACGAGGGUCUGUUAUGUAGCGCAGUGUUUCACAAUGACUUCUCCUUACUUCAUGCAGAGCAGGACUCUUGUCACUCGGAGUGGAAAUCAAUCUGCUGGCUGCAAACCUGCGGCAUCUCUGGGCUCCAAACUCACCAAGAGACGGAGGAAUGUGGAUCCAGUUUCCUCUGUGGCAGUGAAGGUGGAGGUGGAGGAGGCGAGGAUCUCUGAGCUGAGACCCUCCUCGGCCCCCUUAUCAACGGGAGUGUGCCAUGAACUCCUCCUCCAACAGCCCACUGUGCAGCCAAAAACAGAAACAGACACUGUCCCGCUGUCUUCACACAGCCGCAGGAGGAGACAGCUGAAGGUGGAAUAUGACCAGGAUGACAGUGUUUCACAGGUUAAGACAGAACACUGGGAACCCCCUGACUGGAAGAAACAGUUAGGAUUCAUUCGUGAGAUGAGGAGUGGCCGAGAUGCACCUGUAGAUAACAUGGGGGCAGAGAAAUGCUAUGACACAGAAGCCCCUGCACAUGUGAGACGGUUCCAGGUGCUGGUGUCACUCAUGCUGUCCAGUCAGACCAAAGACCAGGUGACGGCAGCAGCUAUGCAGAAGCUCCGAGCACACGGCUGCACUGUGGAAAAUGUGCUCAGCACUGACGAUGAAACACUAGGAAAACUCAUCUACCCUGUCGGCUUCUGGAGGAAUAAAGUGAAGUAUCUGAAGCUGACAUCAGCCAUGCUGCAGAGCGAGUUUGGAGGGGACAUCCCAAACAGCGUGGAGGGACUGGUCCGCCUCCCAGGAGUUGGACCCAAGAUGGCUCACCUAGCUAUGGACAUCGCCUGGGACCAGGUGUCAGGAAUAGGUGUGGACACACAUGUGCAUCGGAUCUCUAAUAGGCUGGGCUGGCUCAGGAAGCCAACUAAGAACCCAGAGGAAACACGCAAGGCCCUGGAAGAGUGGUUGCCCAGGGAGCUGUGGAGUGAGAUUAACUGGCUGCUGGUGGGUUUUGGACAGCAGGUUUGUCUGCCCGUUAACCCUCUGUGCUCAGUGUGUCUGAACCAGCACAGCUGUCCGUCUGCACACAAGAGCUCUCCUACAAAGAGACCUAAAGCUGGAUCCCCACGCUCUCCAAGCCCAACGCCUUCAUUUAAAACUGAACGUGAAAAGGAAUCUGCUGUUAGAGAUCAGAGGACAAAGAGGGAGUCACUGCCCACUCCUGUUUCCCCUGCCAUGCAGAGAAGGAGGCCAAAAGCCAAGGUUAACCACUGAGUCAGUCAUCACUUAAGGUUUUCUCUGAUCUGUGACCAGAUGUUGGACACAAAGACACAUAUACACCGAAAACAUGCAUAUACACUAAACACUGUGAAUAUUGUUAAUUUACAUUUGAUAUGAAAUUAAAUAUUUUUGUACUGUUAAUACUUUUCUACCAAAUAAAAAAUGUAUGUACUUAAACUGGAUGUAAAGGUGAGUUUGCCUG